UUUAUAAUUUGUUGAAUUCUCAACUGCUUCUUCCAAAACACUAUCUCAUAAACUUAUAUAUAAUUCAUCGUCGUCGUCAUCAUCAUGCUCUUGCAUUACUUUCCUUUCUCUCUUUCAUCUCUCAGAUCCAAAAACAGAGAGACAACAACGAACGAUGAGGCUUAAUUUCUUUGUCUCCUUCGUCUUCUUCGGCUUAAUCUCUCUUCAACUUCCACCUCUGUCCACUCAGCAAGCUACGGAAUCAUGCAGCUCAACUCUACCUCUCAACGACCUCACCUUUGACUCAACCCUCCUUCAAUGCGUCGAAGCUUGGACUCCCCAAAACUACAUCCUCCGAUAUGCUAAAACGGUGGACAACACAUGGAGCUUCAUCUUAUCGGCUCCAGACUCCAGCGCCUACAUAGGGAUCGGAUUCUCCACCAACGGUCAGAUGACCGGAGCCAGCGCGGUCGUCGGGUGGAUACCAACCGACGGCCGAGGUCAGGCGAAACAGUACUUGCUCGGAGGGAAGUCUCCAGGCGAGGUGAAGCCUGACCAAGGCGAUCUGAAUAUCGUCAACGGCUCGUUGAAGAUCGAGUCAGUGUCGUCGCGUCUCUACAUGAGCUUUCAGCUGACGGCGGAGCUGCCGCGGCAGAUCCUUCUUUACGCCAUGGGACCUGCCGGAUUCAUUCCAGCUUCGCCGGGUUUUAGUUUGAGGGAGCAUCGUGACAUGACCACCACGACUAUCAAUUAUAAUACAGGUUCGCAAAGUGUGGUUAAGGGUUCACCACAUUCUAAGCUAAGGAAGACACAUGGGCUUAUGAACAUGUUCGGCUGGGGAAUAUUAAUCAUCAUCGGCGCCUUAGUGGCUCGACACAUGAAGCAAUGGCAACCCACUUGGUUCUAUGCCCAUAUAGCUCUCCAAACCACUGGUUUUCUCCUAGGUUUAACUGGUAUCAUUUGCGGUUUGGUUCUUGAAAACCGGACCGAUGCCAACAAUGUCUCCAAGCACAAAGGCCUUGGGAUAACAAUCUUUGUCAUGGGCAUUCUCCAGGUUCUAGCGUUGCUGGCUCGACCGGACAAAGACUCGAAAUACAGAAAAUACUGGAAUUGGUAUCAUCAUAACGUAGGAAGAGUUAUGAUAAUACUUGCUAUCUCCAACAUCUUCUAUGGUAUUCAUUUGGCUGAUGCUGGCUCUUCAUGGAACGGCGGUUAUGGUUUUGUGGUUGCUGUCUUGGCUUCGGCUGCUAUUGGAUUAGAAGUUAUAAAGUUUAGGAACAAGUGAAUUCUUGUUUAAAUAUCUAUUUUCAUCUUCCUGCUGCAAUAUUUGCCUUGGAUAGGACAGUGUGAUGUAUUGAACAUCUAUUUGACUAAUUACUUGAAUGAGGUCUUCUUCUUGCAUUUUUAUUCUGCAGUAUUUGUUAUCUGACACUUUUUCAUUUAUUUUUGAAAUUAAAUAAAUUCUUUUUAUAUAAUUUCUAUCUAAGAUAAUAUAUAUAGGUUUGGGUAUAUUUACCUGGGUGCAAUGAACCAUACCAAAUUGAAAAAAAAAACAAAAUUAAAAUAAAUUUCAUAAAUAACCGACCAUAUCAUAUAUUUUUGGAACCAAAAAAUAGAAACCGGACUGAAAACCAAAUGAGUAUUUUUAAAUUUAUACUAUUAAUGAAACUAUAUAUAAAUCAUGUAUUAAUGAAUAUAUGGAUUUAUUGUUAGGAUAAUUGUAUAAUAGAUUAUGAGAGAAUAAUAAAUGAGUUCAUUUAAAUUAUGUAAAGUAUUUAUAUAGUUAGAGAAAUAUAGGGUAGGACCAAAAUAUUGUUAGUUAAUGAAAAGGUGCAAUAACCUUAAAUAAGUAGAAUUUUUAGGAUUUUUUACGACUUUUUCCCAUGAUUCCAUUACUUAGCAACACAAAAGAAGAUAUUAGUGAUCGAAUUAAAUAAAUUACACAACAUGAUAAACACAAAAGACCCAAGUUAUAAAGUUCACCAGACACAUAAGUUUGGUCCGGUCUAUGACUAUUUAUCCAUUCACAUAAUUUCAGACUCUAACUGGUAUUACACACACCAGUGCUUUUAGUUUGUUUGGGCCUUAAUGGCUUCAAGAACGGCCCAUUUGUAGUUGGAAAGAAAAGCCCAAUAGCUGACUAUUCGGUAUCAGUCGCCGGUUUAUGCAGACGGGGAAAUUACGGAGACGAUCGAAAGAGGAAGGAAGGAAGAAGAAGAUGUUGAGAACUCGGCUUCUCUGGUUUACGCUUGGAUUCUCCGUCACCGGAGCUUCGGUGGCCCAUCUCGUGUGGCGGGAUCUAUACGCUGAACGCUUCGCUAUCUCUUCUGAUAUGAAAGAGAAAUUCGGAGCUCUGGAAUCUAGGGUUGCAGGUCUGGAGUCCGCCGGUCAUGAGAACCCGAGUCCAGCUCAGGUUGAGAGUUAGGGCCUCAGGGAAGCUCCCAAGCCCAACUCAUUCAAUAACUUUGCUUGGUCUAUGAGAGAGUUGCAAUCUUGAUUUGGAACUUCGCAGUUACUUCUUCAAACCAAGCUUCAAAAUGACUUGUCUUUUGUAUCGAGACCUCUUCUUUAAACAAUACUACUUGCACUUAUGUGUCACAAAACCAUCCGGCUUUCUUAUUUAUUACAAGAAAUAAUGAGUACAUUCGUUUCUUUUUAAAA